AUGUCUAGUGCCGCCGAAAAUGGGAUUGGAGAUGACGGCCGGGGUACUACGUAUUAUUUCUCAAAAGGAAGAGCUAGUGCAACACUAUGGCAAAGAAUAAGUUUGUUUAUUUCGAUUUACUGGAAGGCCCUGAUUGUUGUUAUUACCCCAUUAAUACUUCUACCAAUACCAAUAUUAAAUGCUGACUCAGAAUCUGCUAAGGCCUACAAAUGCAUGUAUGUAGUUCUCAUAAUGGCUACCUACUGGGUCCUUGAGCUUCUGCCUCUACCUGUCACCUCUAUGCUCCCAAUUGUCAUGUUCCCAACCCUGGGUAUUCUGGACUCUGACAAAACCUGUGCAGCAUAUAUGAAGGAGACUAAUAUGAUGUUCAUGGGCGGUCUGAUGAUUGCUGCCGGUGUUCAGCAUUCAAAGCUUCCAAAGAGAGUGGCUUUGUGGACUGUUCAAGUGGUUGGAUGUUCACACAGAAGGUUAAAUUUCGGACUGACUUUUGUUACAAUGUUCAUAUCUAUGUGGGUAUCAAAUGCGGCAGCUACCACAAUGAUGGUUCCCAUUGUUGAAGCCAUAUUAGAAGUAUUUGAACAGCAAGGUCUUGGAGAUGUCUACAUUAAUAAAAAGAAAGUGCUUACUGAGAAUGGAAAAGACUCAAAGCAAACGGUUAAUAAACAUAAUGUAGAAGAAACUCCAAUCCCAAGCGACAUAACAACGUGCUACUUCCUAAGUAUAGCGUACGCUUCAACACUGGGCGGAUGCGGCACACUCGUGGGCACGGCCACUAACUCAGCCUUCAAAGGGAUCUUCGACUCAGAGUUUCCCGAGAUAUCAGGCGCUGUUGAUUUCUUCUGGUUCAUGGCGUACAGUACUCCGCCAAUGCUGCUUAUGCAACUGCUAGUAUGGAUCUCUCUUCAGGUCACUUUCAUGGGGCUAUUCCGUCCGAAUAGUGAAGCGGCAAAGAAGGUGAAUGCUGCUUCAUCAGGCUCUGAAAACACGAUGCGAGUCAUCCGAGAACAGUACAAAAACCUUGGACCUGUGACAUUCCACGAAAAGGCCUCUGGAGGUCUUUUCAUCUUGGCUGUAUUCCUCUACAUCUUUAGAAAGCCUGGUUUCAUGCUGGGAUGGGCCGAUAUUAUUACCACUAUGAAAGUAAAAGAUGGCGUAGUAUCAAUGUUCAUAGUGAUACUCAUGUUCAUUCUUCCAAUGUCCAUCGACUGCAUCAAGUUCUUCUCUUCUUCUUCUUCCUAUGAAGAAUUGUCUCAGUACAAACCAUCACCAAGUAUCGUCACAUGGAACAUUCUGAAGGAAAAGAUACCCUGGGGACUUCUCUUCUUACUUGGUGGUGGCUUCGCCCUAGCCGAAGGCAGUAAGGCAACUGGCCUUUCCUCCAUGAUUGGUACUUCCCUGAUAGGCCUACACGGACUGCAUCCCACGAUAGUGUUGCUAGUCGUGGUUCUAGUCACGCAGUUUAUCACGGAGUUUACCUCGAAUGUUGCCAUCGCCAAUUUGAUUCUACCAGUUUUGGCGAAUAUGGCCCGGACUCUGGACAUGGAUCCUCGUUACCUGAUGGUACCAGCAACUCUCGCUUGUUCCAUGGCUUUCCACAUGCCAGUUGGAACUCCGCCCAAUGCCAUAGUAGCCGGUGUCGCCCAUAUACCCACCUCCAAAAUGGCCGUCGGUGGUAUUGGCCCGAAAAUCAUCACCACUCUCAUCAUAUGGGGAUCUUACCCCACAUGGGGCUCACUUAUCUUCAAACCCGAAGACAUUGCAGCCUUGAAUGCUCCAGUAGCACGUACUGCCGUAUCAACACUAAACCAAAAUCUCACAUUGAACUGUAACAUUACCCCUAAUACUUUAGCCGAUGUAAGCAAUUUCAACUGCUCUCUUCCAACCAAUUUAUUAAACACAAACAUAACGAAUCUGUACAAAGGACUAUUCUCAUGCAUGAAACCAAAUUCUUAG